CCCACAUGUUGCACAAAACUUAACUCAGGAUUGGAUACCAGUUUGUACAGAUUGGUAUAAAAGUGAAUGCGUGUGCUUUUGGAGUCACAAAGUAAACCUAACUCAACCCUAUCAUGUAUUCCAAGGUUUUGAUCUUCCUGUGCGCCGCGGGCAUUGCUUCCGCUGGUAACUUAUAUGCCGGAGCUCCAGCUGUGGCCUACAGCUCCCCGGCUACUUCGGUAUCCUACAGCACACACACCACCACAUCUCACGGUGGUCCCGUGGCUGGAUACGCAGCGGCCCCAGUGGCCACCUACGCCGCAGCUCCUGUGGCUUCUUACGCUGCACCUGUAGCCACAUAUGCGAGAUCCUACGCUGCCCCAGCUGUAGCCGCCUACUCCGCGCCCGCAGCCAGUGUUUCAUACCAGUCAGUGCAGUCUCACGUAGCGCCUGUCUCUUAUGCCGCAGCCGCUCCUGUGGUAGCCAGAACAUACGCAGCUCCAAUUGCCAGGACUUAUGCCGCUACCCCAGUUUACGCGCGGACCUAUGCCGCUGCUGCUCCUUUAGUAACGAGGACUUACGCUGCUCCUGCUCUUACGUCGUAUGCUGCACCAGUAGCCCGCAUCGCUGCUCCUUCAGUGUCAUAUUCUUCUGUGGCAACCCAAUCGUCUCCCAUCGCUACUUACGCUGCUGCCCCAGCUUACACCUCCUACGCUGCUGCCCCAGCUUACUCUUCCUACGCUGCUGCCCCAUCUUACACCACCUAUGCUGCCGCCCCAUCUUACUCCACCUAUGCUGCCGCCCCAGCUUACUCGACCUAUGCUUCCGCUCCAGCUUACUCCACGUACGCCGCAGCGCCAGCAGUAGCCUACGGAGGCUACGGAGGCCUGGGAGCCCACGGGUGGUAAACUACCAAAGCAUUUUAUUAUGUACAUAAAUUAUCUAAUCACUAGAGCGUAAUAUAAACCAUUGACUGUAUAUUAUAUGAGAAAAUUGUGUUAAAUAAAUGAAACAUGAAAUUAUA